GAUGCUGAGAUUCAGAGGCAGCCAGUCUUGUGGUUACCCGUUUAUUUCCUGACCCCCAUGCUUUUCUUACAUAUACUGAACAGGUCUCACUGGAUGCUGUGCUCACCUGUUUGUGUACCAAAUGUGGAGAAAAACAAAUUGAAACAGAAAAUAUUUUUUUGAGAAGAAAUGGCAUCCAGCAUUGGAAAUGAAAAGAGUGUGAAUCCUGUGCUCAGAAUAAGUCAACUUGAUGCUCUUGAACUAAACAAAGCCCUGGAACAGCUAGUGUGGUCCCAGUUUACCAGCUGUUUUCAUGGAUUUAAACCAGGGGUGUUGGCUCAUAUUGAACCAGAAGUUAAAGCAUUUCUGUGGCUUUUACUGUGGAGAUUCACCAUCUAUUCUAAGAAUGCAACUGUGGGACAGGCUAUUUUGAAUAUUCAGUACAAGAAUAACUUAUCUCAGACAGAGAAAUACCAACCUCUGAGCAAACACCAGAAGUUAUGGUAUCUUAUUUUCACUGUUGGUGGAAGAUGGCUGGAGGAGAGAUGUUAUGAUUUCUUUAGCAAUCGCCAACUGCAGUCUGUCAGCAAAAUCAAGCAAUAUAUUAACUUUGGAGCUGGAAUUCUUAAAAUUUGUGGACUUGUAAAUUUUCUGAUUUUUCUUCAGAAAGGAACAUUUGCAACACUUACUGAACGCAUUCUAGGAAUUAAGUCAGUUUUUUGCAAGCCACAAAGUGUUCGCCAGGUAGGAUUUGAAUACAUGAACAGGGAGCUGUUGUGGCAUGGCUUUGCUGAAUUUCUCAUCUACUUGCUACCACUUAUUAAUGUACAGAAACUGAAACUCAAAAUUUGUUCUUGGUGUUUGCCUAUUGCCAAUCUUUCUAAUAGUGAAAAGACAUUAACAGCUCACUACAAGGUGUGUUCGCUGUGUGGGGAAUGGCCUACCAUGCCACAUACCAUAGGCUGUUCACAUGUUUUUUGUUACUAUUGUAUUAAAAGUAACUAUUUAUUUGAUAUGUAUUUUACCUGUCCUAAGUGUGGCUCAGAGGUACACAGUCUUCAGCCACUGAAAUAUAAAAUUGAAAUGACAGAAUUACAUGUCUAAUAAGGAGGUUGUUCUGUUCUUGUACUGUACAUGAAAUAUAUUAAAGAUGAAUAGAAAAAAAUCAGAAAUUACUGUAAACAGCUUGAAAGACAGCUUUGGAAAUUCUUUAAGUCUUUUCUGGUGUUAUUUUUUUACUGAGUAACAGUGCCAACUUGCAUAUCUGAAGAAAGGAAAACAAAGGAGUUCACACAUUCUUCUACUCUCUCAGACUACUUGAUCCCAUUUUUGGUACCCCUGUGUUGUCAGUACUCUUCUUAGAUCCACGGUCUGGCAAACUACCACUUCCUAAGUUUAUGCUAUAUUCUUCCCUCAAGGGUAGAUGAGAAGAUACUCAGUCCACUUUGUGGAUUUUCUCAGCGUUGUUGUAAAAGUUUCUGCUAUUGCCAAUGUACCUGUAUGGAUUUUGUGCAAAGGUCAUCCUAGUCACACCUAAAGAAUAGUUUUAAAUUUGAAUAUUUAAAAUUUGAAUUCACAGUGUAAUGCACCACUGAAAAAGAGCAAGGUAUAAGAUGAAGUUUUACAUCAAAUAAUAGCUUUCAUCGCAUUCAGUCACCAUGACAAGGCAUAGUUUUUUUUCUAACUUGUAGUUGCUUUCUUAUAAAUAGAUCAUUAGCUUCAAGUGAUCCAUUUGUCAACAGACAAAACAUUAACUUGUGCCCACAAGAGAUAAAACCAUCUCCUGAUCAAAGUGCUCCUUCUACAUCUUCAUGAGGUAACAGAACCCAUUUUCUCACCUAUGUGUAUGCCUUUGAUCUUCAGUGAUGCACAUAUGACCACACCCUGCUUUUCCUGUCAAGCUGAGGGAUCCAGUCCAUCACCUAUUGGAACGUGGAAGCUUCCUGUGGUAACCCACAUUAUACUUAAUCAGACACUGUAGGAAAAAA